AUGCAUGUAUUCAUGAAUCAGACAGAGUUAAACCAAUCUGAUCGCUGUGUGUAUUUCUCCUGUUCAGAAAGAUCUGCAUCUCCUGUAAUUUAUGUCUUACUGUAUGUAUGUGCGACUGCUGUGGUUCUGCUAACAGUGUGUGGAAAUCUGCUUGUCAUCGUGUCUGUUCUUCACUUCAAGCAGCUUCACACACCAACCAACAUGCUCCUGUUCUCUCUGGCAAUGUCGGAUUGCUUAAUUGGUGCUUUAGUGAUGCCGACAGUGUUAAUCCGGGCCAUCGAGUCAUGCUGGAUAUUUGAUAAGGGGUACUGCAUCAGACAUUUGAUGAUUGCUUAUGUUCUCACAGGCCUAUCCAUCUAUAAUAUCGCCCUGAUCGCUGUGGAUCGGUAUUUGGCUCUCUCAAACCCGUUUUUCUACAUAAACACAAUCUCGAGGAGGACAAUGAGCAUUGUGGUUUUUUCCAACUGGUGUGCUUCUCUGGUGUAUAACAUAUCACUCUGUUAUUUCAAUGGAAACUUCUCAAGCUCUGUAAUCUGUCCUGGAGAUUGUUAUCUUUUUCUGAAUGAGGUUUGGUCUGUAAUUGAUCUUGUAAUAACAUUUAUCUUUCCAUGUUCUGUCAUAAUCAUAUUGUAUACUGGGGUUUUUGUGAUUGCUAAGAAACAUGCCACUGCUAUCAGAGAGCUGAAUAAUCACACACGGCCUGAAACACAGAAAAUCACAUCACACUCGAUGAAAUCUGAGAGAAAAGCCGCUAAAGUCCUCGGCAUUUUAGUGUCUGUGUUCCUGGUGUGUUUACUUCCAUACUUUAUUUACAGUUUAUUAGGUGACCUUAUUGAACUACAGCCAGAAACAUUUCUGGAAGUUGGUAUUGUGCUUUAUCUUAAUUCAACCAUUAAUCCAGUUAUUUAUGCUCUGUUUUACCCGUGGUUUAGGAGGUGCAUUAAAUUGAUUCUAACUCUGCAAAUAUUCCAAACUGACUCAGCAUUCAUCAAUAUUCUUUCAUGA